GAAAAGAAUUCAAUCAUCUUAACUUAUUUUUUUCCGAACAAAUUUCUUCAUCUUUAAGAUAUCUUCAGGGAUUUCGAUGGCAAGUCAUGAUGAGUUUAGGUUGGUGUCAUCCGCAAUAGCUCAUGAAGGCAAAUUACCAAGGAAGUUUACAGCAGAAGGGCAAGGAGCAUCAAAGAAAAUGUCAUCACCACCAUUAGAAUGGCAUAAUGUACCAGAUGGUACUAAAAGUUUAGCCAUAGUUGUGCAAGAUCUUGAUUCAGACGUAAUACCUUGGACUGCUUGGGUUGUUAUUAACAUACCACCUUCACUGAAAGGUUUGCCUGAAGGAUUCUCAUGUAAAGGUGAAGAAUUAGGUGGUGAUUAUGCUGAGAUUCAGGAAGGUAAUAAUGAUCAGAAGGUUCCUGGUUGGUGUGUGCCUAUGUUGCCGGAACCUGGUCACAGGUUCGAAUUCAAGCUCUAUGCUUUGGAUGAUUUGAUGCAUCUUGGUAACAAGGUAACCAAGGAGAAGCUGAUUGAUGCAGUUGAAGGGCAUGUGCUUGGUGAAGCUGUUCUCCUCUCCAUUUUCUGA